UAACCGGUUUUCCCUGGGAUUAUUUUUUGAGGACUUGCAGUUAUCUAUAGUUAAUUGCAGCAACUGAAAGUACAAUCAUUUCAGAUUAAUAAUAUUGAUUACCUUUUAGUAUACGUUAUGAACACUACAAGAACAUUAAUAGGAUAUUGUUUUGUACAUACGUGUCUUGUGCAAGUAUGUAUAUACACGCAAGUCAUGUCGUAUAUGAUGAUUUAUAGGGGAUUUGAUAUCGACAUUGAGGUUUGCUUAUGAUUUAACCCAUAAAUAUAUGUCCACUUUGUUAAACAUCUACAUUACUACUAACCUCGAAUUUCAAUACAAAAUCUUAACAUGAGUCUCGAUAAGUUUGCGCUACUCCUCCUUGCUUUCCUGAUUCUAGCUAACUUUUUUCAUCACUCUCAGGGCCAAAACUCAGAGCAGGACUAUCUCGACGCACAUAACAAAGCUCGUGCUGAAGUUGGCGUCGGACCGAUGACAUGGGACGUCACCGUGGCUGCCUAUGCAUUAAACUAUACCAAUUUGAGGGCCAGAGAUUGCAACCUCAUACACUCCAAUGGUCGGUAUGGUGAAAACCUUGCUAAAGGCACCGGUUCAUUCACUGGAACUGAUGCAGUUGAGCUGUGGAUUAAUGAAAAGAUUUAUUACAACAACGCAUCAAACACUUGUGCCAGGGAUCAGGUUUGUGGGCACUAUACUCAGGUGGUCUGGAGGAGCUCGAUCCGGCUUGGAUGCGCGAGGGUUUUGUGCAGCAAUGGCCUCUGGUGGUUCGUUACUUGUAGCUAUGAUCCUCCGGGUAACAUUAUUGUAAUUGGAUCUUCCUCAACACUUGGGAAGAGAGCAUCCAUUUGGAAGAUUUUGGUGCUAUCUCUCACCAUCUUGACCAUAAUCAUAUCGUAAAUGUUCUUUUCUAAUGCCACUUGAUCAGUCAACUUGUUUGCUUAAGCAACAAAUUUGUAGAACCAUCUCCCCUGCAAAAGCAUUCCAUUUCCAUACAAAAGCAAUUUAUCUUGUAGUAUUUGGAAGCCUCGACUAGUCAACCUUGUGUUUUUCACGUCACCUUUCGAGCAUUGUAUCUCAUCGGCUGUGGCCUAGAAAAUGCAACUUCCUCGUCAGCGUAUAUAGCUUAUUUAUAUAUUUUCUUGUGGGAACAAAAUCUACUAUAAACCUUUAAAGUACAUAUGAGAAUGGAUGUGUGAUACUCUAUUCAACUUGUAGUAUUGAAUCAACCGUUACCUGAUAUGUAUAGUAUAAUCUUCAACUGUGAUGUCUAUAUCUUUGUUACUCAUGACCUUUUGGUAUCAA